AUGGCGUGCUCGCCUGUCACUCUCUUCCUCUUCCCCGCUCUCUGUGUUAUACUCGUGCAUCCCCUCCCGUCGCAUGUGCUGCUUGUCACCUCUCUUCCUCUGUCCGCUCAGCUUCCCGUGUCGGCACCGUUCCAGAUCAUACCCAUAGUCCUCUUCUUCAAUAUACUCAUGUUCCUUCUCUUCACGCAGCUCCUGAUCACUCCUUCUCGUCUUCCCCCUCCCUUCCUUCCUCUCAAGGGACUCUCCUUCCUAGCGUCUCCCUCGUCCGCUUGCUCCUCGGCACCCAUGAUCCUCUCUUCCUCUUCCCGAGUCCUUCCCUGGGAACACCUCUCGCCGGCAGCGAUCUUCCUCACCCCUUCUCCUGUUGAUCUCUCUCUCUUGCCUCCUCCUUGCCUCUUCGACAGGUUCCUGCACCAACCCGCUCCCGCGCCCGAGGGUUUAGGGUUUAGGGUUACCACAGAUGCAUCCGCGCUCCCACGGCACCUUGCGCCAUUCUCAGGCAUUUCGCCCGCCGAACUAUCUGCAUCCGCGCUCCCGCAACGUCUCACGUCAUUCCCGCGCAUUUCGCCCGUUGAACCGUCUGCAUCCGCGCUCCCGCGGCGCCCCGCACCACUCCCGCGCAUUUCGCCAUCAGAACGAUCUGCAUCCAUGCUCCCGCAGCGCCUUGCACUUCCCUCGCGCAUCUCCUCUGGUGCGCAAUCUGCCGCCAUGUCCUCGUGGCGCCGCACGCCACCCCCGCGCAUCUUGUUCGCCGACUGA